ACACUCACAGGAGAGUCGUACGACUUUUCAUCGUUUGACAAAAAUACACAAGGCGUAGCAAGUGCCCUUUACAAACGGGGAUUCAGAGCUGGAGAUAUUAUACUCUAUCUGACCUAUGACGUUUCAAAACUGCACAUAUUUUUCACCGGAGUCUGGCGAGCGAACGGAACGCCAAGAGCGUCUUAUCCUGAAGAUGACGAAUCAACUAUAUUUCACCGUAUGAAGGAGUCUCGAGCAGGAUGGAUUUACUGUAAACCAGAGAUGGCAGAAAUGUGUUUAACAAUUGCAAACAAAAUUUAUUGGGACGUUGAUGUCAUUGUAAAUGGAAGGGUGAAAGGCUGUUUAUCGAUAUUUGAUCUGAUGGAUGACGACGGAUCAGCAAUGCCAAAACUGUGUAUAAGCUAUAACGACCCUGCUAUCAUAUUAAACACAAGUGGGACAACUGGACCAAGCAAAGGAGCCGUGUUGUCGCAUGGAGCCUUGAUGAUUAACGUGUUGUCCAUAACGAGUGGACUUUUUGACAAAGAAAAUCCGAAUUUGACUAUUACAAAAGCCACGCAUAUUUCGGGCUGCAUUUUCCCAGCCGUCGGGCUUAUCGAUGGAGCUCACGUCCUUGUUAUGCACACAAUUAAACCAGAAAAUGUUUUUGAAGCCAUCAAAACAUACCAGCCUCGACAUAUUUUCGCAUUUCCAGCAAUGCUAUUGGCCCUUGUCAACCACCCCCUUGUGUCACAGUAUGAUUUUUCUUGUUUACAGUGGGCAACUACUGGUGGUUCACCAUUGACAGGUGCAAUGGUCAGGAUAAUUCUAUCCCUUCCAAAUAUGAAGCAGGUUUUUAAUGUGAGACAAAAUAAACCGAUAAAUUCAUCUUGUUAACACAUUUAUUAUAUAGGACAAGUAUCAAAAUCACACAGUGGCCGCGGAAGUGUGGGGACAGAGGGAUAAUGUUAUAUAAACCCCUCCCUCCCCUAUCCACAAUGUUAAUGUUGCAAGAUGUCCCCACAGUUUCCGCGGCCACGGAAUUUAUACACGUGUUUGACAUACUUAAUACGCUUUUUAUACUUCAGAUUAUGGGCACGACUGAGGUGGGACUUAUCCUGAGUACAUUGAACUUUGAUACCAAAAAUGCACUACCUGCUUGGGAAAAUGCACUACAAGGACUACCCGAAAAUUCCGUGGGAAAGUUAAUGCCUGGAGUUUCUGCUCAAUUCAGGGAUUUGGAGACGGGGGAACAAAUUCUAGGUCCCAAUGAAUCUGGUGAACUGUGCGUAAAAUUCAAAGGAAUGUUCACCAGCUAUUAUAAAAAUCCAGUGGCCACAAAGAAUUCUAUGACUUCAGAUGGUUUCUAUAAGACGGGAGAUGUGGGAUAUUAUGACGAGAACGAAUUUGUGUACAUAGUGGAUAGAGCAAAGGAAAUCUUUAAAUAUUACGGGAAUCAUAUUUCACCAACGGAUAUCGAAAAUAUUAUUAACGACCAUCCCGCAGUCGGAGAAGUUUGUGUUGUGGGAGUCAGCGAUCCUGAUGGAGGUGGUUACAUUCCGCGAGCCUUUUGCGUUAUUUUGCCAGACUUUCAAUGCAGUGAGCAGGAAGUGCUAGAGUUUGCAAAUAGCCGAUUGCCGAAUUUUAAACAUGUUCGAGGAGGUGUCCACUUUCUCGAGCAACUUCCGAAAGGGAAAACCGGGAAGGUUUCUCGACAACUUGUGGAACAAAUACAAAUAGACUAAUCAAUCAUUCAUCAUACACAAAUACCGGGGGGCACUCAUAGUCAUAUCCCCAUAAAUUUCUUGAGGCCCUUCAAUAUAGCUCAUCGAACCGUUUGAUUUCGGGGUCUCGUUGUUUGGGGUGAGAAUGCUUCCAAACGCGUGUCUUCGUUUAAAGCUCGAGGUAGUUACACCCUCAUAUUACUCUGAAAAUAUGAAAAUUACAGAACCUGAUAUUUUUAAAAUAUUGCUCGUUGGUUUGGAUUAGUUAGCACGUUUCUAGAUUUUAUGUAUUGUCUGUCGUAUAACCUCCGCAAGCAAAAUGCGACAAGAUAAACAAGCAGAAAAGUACCCACGAUUAAAUAAUCAUUACAAUGACUUAU